CGUGAUCUGAUGAUGACUUGCAUAUUGCUGUAAUGUUUGCAUAGUAAGUUUAUUGGUGUGGGUUGGGGCUGUCGCAAGGUCGGACAGUGCCUGAUUGCUGGCUGUUAGUAAUGCUUAAAAUUCUGAUGAAAACCAAGCGUGCAGCUUUUCGAGUGAAUGAAUUAACCAAGGUUUUGGAUGGAGGAAAGCGUGCAUUGUACGUCACAGAAAGCAAAUCAGAUGGCCAUGUUAAUAUUGGAGACACAAAGGUUCCAGUGAAAGUUCCAGACCACCCUUUGCAUGUUCCAUAUGGAUUUGUGCCAUCAGGAAAUCCAUUGCCUCAAUCGACUAUCAGACAUUUAAGAUGGAUGGCACAAAAGGAUUUACUUGGUCAAGACAUUUUUCUUAUCGGUCCCCCUGGACCACUACGGCGCUUCCUCACUAUGCAAUAUCUGGAACUCACAAGAAAGGAAGUGGAAUACAUAGCCCUUUCAAGAGACACAACAGAAAGUGAUUUAAAGCAAAGAAGAGAGAUUAAAAGUGGAACAUCCUACUAUAUAGAUCAGUGUGCUGUUAGAGCUGCUCUCCUUGGAAGAGUUCUUGUCAUUGAAGGUGUUGAGAAAGCCGAGCGUAAUGUACUUCCUGCAUUGAAUAAUUUACUUGAGAAUCGAGAAAUGCAACUAGAUGAUGGACGUUUUCUCAUGCAUCACAUUCGUUAUGACAAAUUGCUAGAACAAUUCGGUAAAGAAUCGAUGGACAGUUGGCAGUUGGUACGAGUGAGUGAUAAAUUCAGAGUGAUUGCACUAGGUUUACCAGUACCCAAGUAUAGAGGAAAUCCACUCGACCCUCCUCUCAGAUCGCGAUUUCAAGCAAGAGAUAUUUAUCAUCUGUCAUUCAAGGAUCAACUUGAUGUUUUAUAUGAGCAUGCUCCAAAUGUUGAAUCGAAUAUAUUAGCACAAAUUCUCUCCUGUGCUAAUACUCUUGCUACUCAAGAAUCUGCAAGUCUUGGUCUGCCUGACUUCCCACUGGAGAAUCUCGUACAUGCUGUGAAAAUUUUAGACAAGGCUAAAGAUUAUCCAUUGUUGGGACUAUUUUCACGUUUAUAUCCUUAUGAUAUCUUACUUAACAAGGAAGGACAACAGUCUGUCUCAGAUGCUUAUUCUAAAUUUGAAAUCAAAGAAACGGAAAAAGAUGAUUCUAUCAUGAACAUAACAUCAGUCCAGUUGAACAAUGGACAAGAAGAUUCUAACACCAAUGGAUCUUUUGGGAACGUAACUUUGGAUCUUGGUUCAUCCAAUUCUCAAUUGAAGGUGCCAUGUGGAAAACAAAUGAAGGAGAAAACUAUUUUUGAAAAUAAAGAAUUUGUUAUGACUGAUUAUCACAGACAACUACUUGCUGAUGUUGUAUUGACACAUUCAACCAUGGAUUUUUGUAUCAUUGGUGGAAAGGGCUGUGGGAAAACAACACUUGUGAAACAAUUUGCCAAUAUGCUUGGUUAUCUCACUGAGCCAGUACUGAUGUAUCAAGACAUGACAGCAAGAGAUUUACUCCAGCAGAGAUAUACGUCACCAAAUGGUGAUACAGUGUGGCGAUAUGCUCCUCUUGUUGAAGCUGCAUUAGAUGGAAGAAUUGCGGUUUUAGAUGGAUUGCAUAGAGUUAAUCCAGGGACACUUUCUGUUCUUCAGAGGUUGGUUCAUGAUAGAGAGCUCACACUUCAUGAUGGUACUAGGUUAACACAGCAUGAUAAAUAUGAUGAUAUGAAAAAUACACUUGAAUUAACAGAGAAUGAAAUGAGAGAAAGUGGAGUUUUACGUAUUCAUCCUUCUUUUCGAAUUAUUGCACUUGCUGAACCUCCCAAGGCUGGAUCACCUAAUCAGCAAUGGUUAAACCCAGAAAUGUUGACAUUGUUCCUUUACCACAAGAUGCCACCAUUGAGCACAACACAUGAAAUGGAAAUUAUUCAAGAAAUGGUACCCGGUGCUGCAAAUAUGCAAAUGUCAGGUCUUUUAGAAUUGUGUCAUCAUUUACGGAAUUCAUCUGACACAAACAUACAAUCUAUAGCAAGUUCACUCUCAACACGUCAGUUGCUCCGAAUUUCAAAAAGAUUGAAAAAGUUCUUGAAAGUUUCUGGGGAUUCUGAUAAGAAAAUUAUAUCUGAUGCUGUUCACAAAGCUUGUCUGUCCAGGUUUUUGCCUCAACUUGCCAGAACAGCUCUUUGUGAUGCUUUACAGAAGAGUAAAUUACCAAGUGAAGGAUUCAAUAUUGCAGAAUUAAGCUUGGAUGAUAUAUCUUGUGAAAUAAAGGAUGGAAAUCUUCGAAUUGGAGAGACUGUUGCUCCAGUGUACAAAGAAAUACACGAGAGUGGAUCGUCAACUGCCAAAGUACCAGAUAUUAUCUUUUAUGAUAAUGCCCAACAUUUAUCUGUUAUGCAAGACAUGCUACAAGAUUAUAUAUUGGGAGAGCAUAUAUUACUUGUGGGAAAUCAGGGUGUCGGUAAAAAUAAAAUUGUUGAUCGAUUUUUGCACUUGUUGAAUAAACCAAGAGAAUAUCUUCAAUUACAUAGAGAUACAACUGUUCAAAGUUUAACUGUUCAACCAACAGUAAGAGAUGGCACAAUUGUAUAUGAAGAUUCUCCAUUAGUUCGAGCUGUUAGGUUGGGACAUGCUCUUGUUGUUGAUGAAGCAGAUAAAGCACCAACCCAUGUUACUUGUGUUCUGAAGAAUUUACUUGAAAGUGGAAGAGCAACUUUGGCUGAUGGAAGAAAAAUUGUGUCUGAUGAAAGGGAAUUGGAGAACUUGCUUGAAUCUCAUAAGAAUGAAGAUGUCAUCAUUAUGCAUCCUGAUUUCCGAAUGUUUGUUUUGGCAAAUCGACCUGGAUUUCCUUUUCUUGGAAAUGACUUCUUUGCAGCUAUGGGUGAUGUGUUCAGUUGUCAUGCUGUUGAUAACCCUAGUGUUGAAUCAGAAUUAAAAAUGUUACAACAAUAUGGAGAAGAUGUUCCGGUACAUAUUUUAAAAAAAUUAGUUGCUUCGUUCGGAGAAUUAAGAGACAUGGCUGAUCAAGGACUAAUUUCUUAUCCUUACUCGACAAGAGAAGUUGUCAAUAUUGUUAAGCAUUUGCAGGAAUUUCCGAAAGAAGGUCUUGCAAGUGUGGUGCGAAAUGUAUUUGAUUUUGAUGCAUACUCUACAGAGACUCGUGAACAAGUAGAAUCAGUCAUGCAUAAACACGGAAUUCCUAUUGGAGCUCGACCACAGAAUGUCAACUUGUCUAACCACCUUCCUAUUCCACCACCAAAAUUAUCUGGAUAUUGGACUCUUAUGAAUGAAGGGAAGAAAAUAUGCAAACCUGAAGUUUUACGACCUGAAAUUAAGGGACCCAUCUACCUGAAUGUCCAAAAUUAUGACUUGGAGAGAAUCGAAGAUCGAGCUCUCACUUUUACAGAACAAAGAGCACAUUGGCAGAUUCCUAACCUUUCACAGGUUUCCAUUAUCAGUGAUAUUGCUAUCACUAAAGAUCCCACCAGUAAUGAUCAAGUACAUGUUGCUGUUGUGAAUUCUCCUGCCCUUUACUCUCAUCAACAUGGAUCUUCUCAUAUCAAAUAUAUGGAUUUGUUCGAUGUUUUCCCAAAUGCUGGUCCAUCAUUUCAAUCUAUCAUCAGAAUUGCACCACUAGGAAAUCCUCUCCGAGGACAAGUGGUUUUGUUUGAAGAAAAGACAAAUAUUGUCUUGGUGGUCGAUACAGACUCCGGAUCUGUCAGACGAUUGGUAAUACCUGGAUUAGAUCGUCAGUUAGGAAUCGGAUCAGUUUCUAAUUUGUUUCGAACGUCGUCUUCCUCUUCAUCCGCACCAGCUUCUUAUAAAAUGUGUUCUGAUCACAGUAAUGAAUUUGGAUCUGUUGUUUUCUAUCAAUUGAAUGGACAAAAGCUUUAUCAUGUAGAUCUGAUUGAAGGACAAGUUCAUAAGUAUGAUGUACCAUUCUUCAUUGGUGGAUUUCAUAUGACUUCUCACAACAAGUGGCUGAUGAUUGAAGCUGAAACAAACAGGAAAUUUUUACUGACUGGAUCUGACGAAGAUAUUCUACCAUCCAAAUUAAAAACAUUGAAGGAGGAAGGAGUUAGCAAAGGUUGGGGCAAUUACACAGAGAUAACCCAGGAGGAACUUCUUGCUACAAGUUGUGAAGAUAUGAGUUCAGAAUCUCUUACUGAAGUUUUGCAACAGUCCGUAUCAUCACCGAAUCGAUUAAUUGUUGAUAAACAUAACUUUGCACAUUGUGUUUUGGGUUUUCCUGAUUUAGAGGCACCUAGUGAAGUUCACUCAUUUCCCAGAGGAGAAUUGGUGAUUCCAGAACAAAGUAGGAAUUUGUUUUCUUCCCCACCCCGAACUCUACCGCCAUCCAGCUGUGUGAUGUUGCCAGAAAUUGGACAAGUCAUCAGAAUAAUGCCAACUAAAGAUACACCAGAUGGAGCAUUCAAAAAUGAUAACAGACCAGAAAAUGCAGCAAAUUGCUUGGAAAUUGCAGAUGUGAAAAAUCACAAGUUAUUUUAUCUUCCUGUUCAAAAUCCUGUCUACACGUCACCAUAUGUAUCCUGGCAAAAAUCAAUAUCAGAUAGUGGACUGGUUAUGACAUCUGGUUCUGGAAAUAUUGUCUAUUCUGUGGAUACAGCUGGAUGUGUUCGAGAAUGGGAAACUGAAUUGAUGGCGUUGUCAGAUUCAUUAGCUGAAUGGAUAGCAAUGAUUGGUGCUGAUGCAGAUAAUUCACACAUGCAGAUAACAUCUGAAAGAGAAAGUGGUAAAGAUGUGACGGCACCAAAGCAUGGAAAAGUUGAUUCUAAAAAUGAACCUCAUGUUGGUGGUAAUAUGUGGGCUGGUGGAACUGGUGGUCGAGAUACCGCAGGACUAGGUGGUAAAGGUGGACCUUAUAGAUUGGAUGCUGGACAUGAUGUUACUCAGAUACCAGACUGGGAAAAAGAAGCUGUUCCAGAACAUGUAAAAAAAGCUGCAAGAGAAAUGGCCCAAAAAGCAUUCCAAGCAAGGUUGAGAGAAAUCAACAUGAGUGAGUAUGAUGCUCACAUGUAUGAAUCUUUUUCAUCUUCUGUCAGACGACAAGUGAAAUCUCUUCGUAUUAUUCUCGACAGUCUUCAGGCAAAAGGCAAAGAACGCCAGUGGCAACGUCAUCAAAUGACUGGAGAACUGGAUGACAUGAAGUUAAUUGAAGGUUUAACUGGAGAAAAAAAUAUUUAUAAACGAAGAGCAGAUCAAGAACCAGAGCCUGGAACACCUCAACAAAAGCCAAAGAGGUUGAGAAUUGUUGUUGAUGUCAGCGGAAGUAUGUAUAGGUUCAACGGCCUUGAUAACAGACUGGAAAGAUCAAUGGAAGCAGUGUGUAUGGUGAUGGAAGGUCUGGAAGGCUAUAAAGAAAAAUUUAAGUAUGAUAUUUGGGGACAUUCUGGUGAUGGGUAUGAAAUUGAACUGGCGAAUGCUGAAAAACCUCCAACAAACAACAAGGAACGACUGAAAGUGAUGAAAACAAUGCAUGCUCAUGCACAGUUCUGCAUGAGCGGAGACCACACACUUGAAGCAACAGAAUUUGCUAUCAAGUCUGUUAAAAAUGAAGAGGCAGAUGAAUAUUUUGUCAUAAUAUUGAGCGAUGCAAAUUUGGAUAGAUAUGGAAUACGACCAACAAGGUUUACAGAAGCACUAACUCGUGAUGAAGAAGUCAAUGCAUUUGCAAUAUUUAUUGGUUCACUCGGUGAUCAAGCUGAAAGGUUGAAGAAACAACUGCCAGCAGGUCGCUCAUUUGUGUGCAUGGAUACCAAAAAUAUACCUCAGAUCAUGCAGCAGAUAUUUACAUCAACUCUGCUCAGUACCAGAUAAUAAUUUACAUAUUAAAGUUCUUUAAUUAGAAUUAGUGUUAAAUGCAAUCAAUAAUAAAAUUGUGGUUUAUUUAAUCAUGAGUUUUUAAAUUAAACUACAUAUAUUAUAUAUAUAUAUAUACUUAAAUGAGCUUGAAUAAACCCGAAUUCCAAA